AGCGCGCGUCCGGUUACCGGGUAGCGAUGGGAGCACGAGGAAGAGAGCCCGUGCCGAGCGCGAGCAGCAGCAGCAGAUGAUGCGGUGGAUAUAAAGCUGGGCUCACCAUGAGUGCUAUGAGUGACUCUCUGGAUGAGCUAGGCACUCCAAACAGCCUCGGCGAGAAAGCAGCCAUAUUUCGUGAAGGAAAGGGCAAUGUAAGCACGCUCAGUGGCGGCGACCAUGCCCUAAUCGCUCUGCACUCGCCCUACCAGCCACCCGGUGCCGUACAAAACAGGACUGCCGCCACAACAGCAGCAGCUUUCUGCAGAGGGAAUAGGAAAUAUCAACAAGGGGAGGAGAUGCAGAUGAACAUGGUCCAAAACCCCUUCCCAGACCUCUUUCACUCCGAGUGUUUGUUACCCUGGACCAAAAACAGCGCAACUCAGGUGAUCAAAGUAUACAGCGAGGACAACAGCAGUCGAGCCGUGGAGGUCCCCAGUGACAUCACUGCCCGGGAUAUCUGCCAGCUGUUCAUUCUGAAGAACCACUGCAUCGAUGACCACAGCUGGACGUUGAUUGAGCACCUUGCUCAUCUGGGUAUUGAAAGAAUCAUAGAAGACCAUGAAUCAGUCUUGGAAGUACAGUCUAACUGGGGCAUGGACUCAGACAGCCGCCUGUAUUUCAGGAAGAAUUAUGCCAAAUAUGAAUUCUUCAAGAAACCUCUGGAUUUUUUUCCAGAAAACAUGGUGUCUAUAUCGAGUGAAGCCAAUGGCCUCAUGAACCACUCACAGCUUAUCCAGACAUUUCUCAACUCCAGCACAUGUCCUGAAAUCCAUGGCUUCCUCUACUCAAAAGAGCAAGGCAGGAAGUCCUGGAAGAAGUUCUAUUUUGUGUUGAGAAGGUCUGGGCUGUAUUUUUCCAAUAAGGGCACAUCAAAGGAACCCAGACAUCUGCAGUUUGUUGCAGAGUUUUGUGACAGCGAUGUCUACACGUUGUUAUCAGCCAGAAAAACACACGGCGCUCCCACAGACUACGGGUUCUGCAUAAAGCCGAGUAAGUCAAGCUCAGCUCGGGACCUCAAACUGCUGUGUGCAGAUGUUGAGCAGACCAGAACCUGCUGGAUCACAGCUAUGCGCCUCUUCAAGUUUGGGAUGCAGCUGUACCAAAACUUCAUCCAGCCUCAUCAGAAGCAGAAAAACUCUCCAAUGAGAAGCAUUUCGGAGAACUCUCUCGUGGCCAUGGAUUUCUCAGGGCAGAGGAGCCGUGUGAUUGAUAACCCAUCAGAGGCUCUGUCGGUGGCUGUGGCAGAAGGUCUAUCAUGGAGGAGGAAGAGCUGCCAUCGACUCAGCCAUGGAAGCUGCUCCCCCUCCCAAAGCUCCUUAUCCAACAUAGCAAUCCACAUGGCUCAGCCGUGGUUCCACAGCAAACUGUCCCGAGAUGAGGCUCACAAACUGAUCACCCAGCAUGGCCUCAUUGAUGGAGUUUUCCUCUUAAGGGACAGCCAAAGCAACCCCAAGACCUUUGUCCUGUCCCUGUGUCAUGCACAGAGAAUCAGACACUUUCAGAUAGUCCCUGUUGAGGAUGAUGGUGAGCUCUUCUACAGCCUGGAUGAUGGAAACACACGCUUCAGUGAUUUGCUACAGCUGGUGGAGUUUUACCAGCUAAACCGUGGAGUGUUGCCCUGUAAGCUCAAACACCACUGUGCCCGAACCACCCUGUGAGCACACCCCAAAACCCCUGUCCAAUCACCCUUUGACCUUUCAAAUUACGGAUUCCCUCAAAACCUUCUACUCUAACCACAAAAUCACUCUGCUCCAAGCCCAGACUCAUAAACCCUGUCCCUUGUCACAACUCCAAUGUUCACCCCUUUGUGUUCCAUCACUCGACCAAACACAAUCGCAGGGUGACUCUGGACAAAUCGCCAGCGCAGCUCGUGCCUUGGACAGGAAACUCAAACGGACUCUUCCUGUCUAGUUUCAAUGUUCACUCCUAUGUGAAAUUAUGAUCAUAAGCUGUGGGGUGCUGCAAGAUCAAACAGACUUUAGUGGAGUUGAGGAAGGACUUGUUAAGUGCUAAUGAGUGUAUGAGAGUACAGUCUGAGACUGUGUUUUAUAAUAAGGCACGAUUGAUAGCGCUUUAUGAUGAAGGUUUUGGUCGAUGUACUGUACAACAGUGUAGACGUUGCAGCUUGAACGAUCCGUAUUUGAAGCUUUUGAAUUCCGAGGUGACGGGAGAAGCUAAAGUAGCAAACUGUCAGAGGGCUGACAACUUGUGUGUCCAUACCAUGUGAACAGAAUAGACAGACAUGGUACAGCCAUAAUCACAUGUGCACAAUAAGCUGACACUGUUGGUUUUACCAGCAGGAAGAGGGCCUUCGGGGGAUCUGGACACCCUCCUUUGAGCUUUUGGGUAAAAUGUUAAAAUGUCUCCUUCUUUAACUCAUGUGACAAAAUAAUUCAGGUAUUUUAUAAAAAAUGUGAUAUGUUUAGUUUGUUUGAGAGGUGAGGCUUUGUUCUGUGCAUGCUGUAGGUCACAUCCUGUCCAAAUGCAAUGGGUUGUGUUAGCAUGAAAAAAGCAGCCGUCCAUGCUGCUUCACACACUCCAAGCAAACACACACACACACACACUCUUCCUUUUGGUCUGUGCUCUACCAGAACAUGGAAUGUACAUACACAGACACGCAGAGUACACACUCACCAUAAACAUAUACAUAUGAACAUACACGCAUAGCACCCUAGAGUGAUGCUGGAUCACACCAUAAGUGGUUUACAUGCUGAACAUUUAAACUUGGACAGAAUGUGUGAUGUUGCUUGUGAUUAAUAAUUGAACAAAUCAAAUUUUAUAUUAAAAUGCAUAUUUUAUGGAUACUUGUUAAGAUUCAGGUUCACAGUGUUUAACGCCUGGAGUGGUAAGUUUCUGUUUUACAGAACGUUGAAGAUGACCACUACAAUCAUUGUCUGGCGAUGUGCUGUUUCUUCAGGUUGUGAGAUCUCACCUUCAAACCUUCCCUUAAGAAAAUGAAAGCUAUUAGUGAUUACAAAUCACAUAUGACUAAUAUGUUGUACUGUUUUAAAAAAAAAAAACUGGUAAGUUUUAAUGCUGUAAAAAAAUUAAUGCGUUUGAGUUAAAAG